AUGACGAGCCAGUGCUGGCCGCAAUCGCAGGGUGCGUUCCUACCUUGGAAUCGCUAUUACAUGCGAGUCCAUGAGUACCUUCUGCAAUCCGAGUGCGGCUACAAAGGAGGCCAGCCAUACUGGGAUGAGGUUCGUGACCUUGAGGCUCUCAACGAAUCCGUUGUCUUUGACCCCGACACUGGAUUUAGAGGGCAAGGCGACAAUUGCGUCAACGACGGGCCCUUCGCAAACCUCACCCUACACCUCAACGCGACCUCGAAGAAUGUGAACGAGUGCCUGACUCGCGAAUUCAGCCCGGAUGGUUUCCAUAAUGGCCAGCAGGUGUACAUCAACGAGUGUCUGAAUAUGACCAACUACUUCCUAUUCGACGGUCUCCCUAAGAUAAAGUAUGGCCGGGAUAUUCCGAAAUACUCAAAGGCCGACGAAGAAGCACUAGUAGGGGCACGCCGUGGUGACCCUGUCACUAAGGACUUGACUUUUGGCGACCUCUACGAUAAGAAAAUCAUAUCGACGCUGGUCCCACUUAAGGAAUAUAUCUUUGAUCGCUGGCACUACAAGCGUAUCGUUACGAUAGGUGAUUCGGCUCACAAGAUCGAUCUAGCUUCUGGUCAAGGAGGGAAUGGGGCAAUAGAGUCCGCAGCUCUACUAGUGAAUGCUCUUUUGCGGCAACUGAGGUCGACUCCUCAAGGUCUCUCUAGUACUCAAAUCGAAACCGCACUCGCAGAGGCUCAUACUCUCCGUUACGAGCGAUCCAAACUCCUGGUUCAACAAGCGCAUAUGCUUUAA